AUGGCACACUAUAAUACUGGUCAAAACGUCCGGUCUCCGUAUCAGUCGGCAACUAUUACAACAGCCGACUUCAACUAAUGCGACGGUUGUUGAUUUCGCGUUCGUCUUGCUUUGCUUACUGUACUUGGUGGCCGAUGACAAUAUUUAAUUGUUAUAAUUUUAGUUUUAUCGAUAAGCCGAUUUUGCAUAAUUAUUACGAAUAAUGCAUUAUUCAGUUGACAAGGCGUUGCUGGUGCUGAUCGCUUGCACGAGUACUUACGCCUUACCCUGGAGAAAAAGCGAACCCAGCGCAAAAUGUGGAUAUGAGUCGUGUCAUCCAGUCAAAGAUGGAUAUCUCAAUGUGCACUUUAUACCUCACACACACGAUGACGUUGGCUGGCUGAAGACCGUCGAUCAAUAUUAUUUCGGCACAAACAAUUCCAUUCAAUUGGCCGGCGUACAAUUCAUUUUAGACUCUGUGGUCAACGAACUGGCUAAAGACCCGAAUAAGAGGUUCAUCUACGUGGAAACAGCGUUCUUCUGGAAAUGGUGGGUAGAUCAGUCCGAGGAGACGCAGACCAUCGUAAAAGACCUUGUGGCGUCCGGGCGGUUGGAGUUCAUCGGCGGCGCGUGGGCCAUGAACGACGAAGCUGCUUCAAAUUACAUGUCCAUUGUCGACCAAUUUACUUGGGGUCUAAGAAAAUUAAAUGAUACAUUCGGCGAGUGUGGAAGACCUCACAUCGGGUGGCAAAUCGAUCCAUUUGGCCAUUCAAGGCAAAUGGCUACAUUGUUUUCGCAAUUCGGUUAUGAUGGACUAUUUUUUGGCCGACUGGACUUCGAGGAUAAAAUACAAAGGCUAACAAAUAAAACAGCAGAAAUGAUAUGGCAAUCCAGUCCUAAUAUUGGUUCAUCAGCGGAUCUCUACACACAAGUUCUUUACAACUACUAUAGUGCACCUGACGGUUUUUGUUUUGACAUCGUGUGUGGCGUCAACCCAAUCGUGGACGACAUACACAGUCCCGAGUACAACGUAGAAGCCAAGGCGAAUUAUUUGAUCAAUUACUUGCGGUACCAAGAGCAAGCAUACCAGAAUCACGGAAACGUGAUAUUGACAAUGGGCGGAGACUUUACGUACCAAGAUGCACAUUACUAUUUCAAAUCCUUAGACAAAUUAAUCAAACAUAUUAACUCAAAACAAGCAUCAGGAAGUAAAAUUAAUGCUAUUUACUCUACGCCAUCAUGUUAUAUGAAAGCUGUUAACGAUCAGAAGAUUACGUUCCCAACCAAGCAAGACGACUUCUUCCCAUACAAAAGUGACAAACAUUCGUAUUGGACUGGAUACUUUACGUCCAGGCCGACACAUAAAUAUUACGAACGGAGGGGAAAUAAUCAUUUACAGACUUGCAAACAAUUAGCCGUCCAGAGUCUAACGGGUGCCAAAUACGAACCAAAAAUCACAGUACUCCGUGAAACGAUGGGGGUGAUGCAACAUCACGAUGCCAUUACCGGUACAGAGAAACAACAUGUGGCCAACGAUUAUGCACGAUUAUUGAACGAAGCGAUCGAAGAAUGCAAAGAAGCGUCGUGCUCAAUAUUAUCAGGUUUGGCCACCGGCAUAGAAACCACAGGUUGUAAGACCUGUCAUCUGUUGAACAUCAGCCAGUGCGAAGUGUCCGAACACAGCGAACAGUUCGUGCUCACUCUUUACAAUCCAUUGAGUCGACCGGUGACCGAAUUCGUCCGGUUGCCCAUAGCCGCCGAGACGGCCUAUACCGUGGUAGAUCCGUCGGGACAAAGUCUGACGGUACAGUUCGUGCCGUUGCCAAACGCAGUGCUACGUAUACCGGGCCGUAAAUCGUCGGCCACUGCCGAGCUCGUUUUUCAGGCCAAAGAUUUACCGCCACUGGGGUACAAGUCGUAUUUAAUUACGAAACAAUCGAGUAGCUAUGAUAUCAAAAGCUUACCGCGGGCCAAGAGAUCGGCAGAAUCGGAAACCGGAGGUCCCGUGGACGUGGGUGAUAGACGUUUAGGUAUAACAAUCGACGAGAGCGACCCUAAGCGUUUUGUACUGUAUGUCGACAAUGAGGAAAUUCCGUUAAUUCAGGAAUUUUUAUAUUACAAAAGUAUGGUCGGGGAUAAUUCAGUAGAUUAUAAAAGAGCAUCGGGAGCUUAUAUAUUUCGUCCUGAUGGUGAACCUUUACCUCUUUGCGAUAAUCAAAUAAAACCACGACGCGUCUCAGGUCCUGUAGUACAAGAAAUUCAUAGAGAAUGCAAUGAAUGGGUAAGUCAGGUGAUAAGAAAAUACAACGGAGACGAUAAUAUCGAAUUCGAAUGGCUCGUAGGACCAAUACCAAACGACGAUAAAAUUGGAAAGGAAGUCAUAUCACGUUUUCGCAUUCCGUUUUAUAAGAACAAUCAAACAUUCUAUACCGAUUCUAACGGCCGAGAAAUGUUGAAACGCAUAUUGAACUACAGACCUUCAUUCUCCUUAAAAGAAAACGUGGAAAACGUAUCCGGAAACUAUUAUCCAAUUACAUCCCGCAUAUCGUUAACAGACCAACAAACGCGAUUUUCCAUUCUCAAUGACAGGUCUCAAGGAGGAUCGAGUCUUCAGGAUGGUGAAAUCGAGCUUAUGGUACAUAGAAGGAUAUUCUACGACGAUGCCUUUGGCGUUAACGAAGCAUUAAAUGAGACCGCCUUUGGAGUGGGUUUGGUAGCCAGAGGUAGCCACUACUUAACUUUAGGAUCAGUUGAUAAACAAUUUGUGGUAGAAAGACUAUUGUCUCAAAGGAAACUUAUUCAGCCACAAUAUUUUUUCGCGGAGAAACAAAGUGUUGUAUCUUACGAAGAACUAAAGAAAUCCACUGCUUUACAGUAUUCUGGUUUAAAAAGACCUUUACCAAAUAACGUACAGUUACUUACUUUGGAGCCAUGGAAAGACGAAUCAGUGUUAAUAAGAUUUGAGCACAUAUUCGAGUACAAUGAAGACAAAAAUUUAUCCACUCCAGUUGUCAUAGACGUACAGGAUUUAUUUACAAAGUUCCGUAUAGUUUCACUGAAGGAGACAAUAUUGGGUGGAAAUCAAUGGCUCUCAGAAAACACUAAACUUACUUGGAUGUCAGAAAAUAGGAAUUCUCCAAACACCGAACAGCCACCAAGGACUGAUCAAAAAUUCUCUGACCCUAAACACGUCAUGUUAACUCCAAUGCAGAUAAGGACGUUUGUAGCUGAGAUAAUUCCAAAUCCUGCGUGAUUCGUUACCAAAAAUUUGUAAUGUAGUACAUUUUAGAAUAGUACUUAGGUAGUGUUAUAUUUAUAAUUUUUAAUGAUAUAGCUUAUUAUAUUUAGGUUCAUAGAAUGUAAGGUAUUUAUAAUUUAUACAUCGACAUAGAUUAUUUCUAAUUAAACAUUACAGAGGUACGAUUUAGACUGAAAUUAAAACUGUUAUUCUACAACGAA